ACUUAGGGUCCACCAAGGGGCACCAAUUCCACGAAACUACUGGCGUCAAUGGUGUUGCAAAACAACAUGAAAAUCACGUUAGAAAAUAAUUGAAUAUAAGAAAGAAGAAUCUGCAUAUCUAAGAAAUAUGUUCACUGUAUUUCGUGUGAGUAAACUCUUGAAUUAUGCAAUAUAGAACUUGAAUCAACAGGAGCUUUCAGCAUGCAUUCUGGCAACGUGAUCUUUCUAGUAACGACUUCUACGUCUCAGUUUUUGUAUCUGCAGGGAAUGGCUUUUCAAAUAAAAAAGGAUAUUCUAUUACAAAUACUCUUGUGCCUCACUAUGUUAAUGACUAGUCAGAGUACUGAGACUGAUAUCUUCUGUUUAAAAUCCAUUAAGAAUUCCUUGGAAGAUCCAAAUGGUUACUUACAAAACUGGGACUUCAACAACAGAACAGAAGGUUUCAUAUGUAAAUUUACUGGUGUUGAAUGCUGGCAUCCAGAUGAAAAUAGAGUACUAAAUCUCAAACUAUCUAACAUGGGGUUGAAGGGUCAGUUUCCACGAGGACUUGAAAAUUGCUCUUCGUUGACGGGCUUAGACCUUUCGGUCAAUGACCUCUCAGGAUCCAUCCCAUCUGAUAUUUCAACAAUGCUCACAUUUGUUACCAGCUUUGAUCUCUCUAGUAACGAAUUCACCGGUGAAAUUCCGACAGCAUUAGCAAACUGCACUUACCUGAAUACUCUUAAACUUAGCCAAAAUAUGUUAAGCGGUGAAAUUCCAAAACGACUUGGCACGCUUAACAGGCUUAAAGUGAUUGAUUUAUCUAACAAUCAAUUCCAUGGACAAGUGCCAGUGUUUAAAGGAGGAGUAGAUGUUAACUAUGCUAACAAUAGAAGACUUUGUGGAGCGCCUUUGAAACAUUGCUCAUUGACACAUGAUAACGGCGAUUUCCAUCUAUCAUUCAAAAGUGGUCUUAUUGUUGGUUACGUUUUUUCACUAAUUUCUUCUGUUACAUUCACUUGUAUGUUCUACUCCAAAUGUGCACAUUGGGUGCAUCAAUCGAAAAAGAAUCACCUAAACAAAGCCAUAGAAUUGGGCAAGCAUAUUAUCUCCAUCACCAGCAGCAGGACACAGAUGGUAGCUGAUCAGAUGCACCAAUUGUUACAUUCGUGGAUUGUACACAAAGAAACCAAAGAGAUCUCUAUACUAAUGGAGAGACUAAAUUCAACAAUAUGGUUGGAAGAACUGCGUGACGCAACCGAUUGUUUUGCUGUGGACAAUGCCAUUGGGGUAGGAAAGAUGGGAAUGAUGUACCAAGGAUUUCUGCCUAAUGGUCAAUUACUAGCUGUUAAGAGACUAUUCGACUCUCAUUUGUUUAAAAGGCAGAUCCUUUUAGAAACAACGAUUAUGAGUAGGUACAGACACAAAAAUAUAGUUCCCAUGCUUGGGUUCUCCAUUGAAGGAAAGGAACAGGUUUUGGCAUAUGCAUACAUGUCAAAUGGGAGGCUUUCCAAAUGGUUGCAUCCUUUGGAAAGUGAAGUCAUAAGAUUGAAAUGGCAUGACAGGGUCAACAUUGCAUUUGGAAUAGCAAGAGGGUUAUCAUGGCUGCAUCAUACAUGCGAUUUGGGCAUAGUGCAUUUUAGCAUAUGUUCAGAAUGCAUAUUGCUAGAUGAGAACUUUGAACCAAAAAUAUCCAAUUUUGGAGAGGCCAAAUUUAUGAAUCCCAACAUUGAAGAUCAUCUUGGCAUGAUGUUUAAGGUGAACGACGGGAAGAAGGAUGUCUACGACUUUGGAAGUGUGCUUUUUGAAUUGAUGACAGGGAAAACAUAUAAUGAAUUGUCGCGUUCAUCUGACACUACUAAUCUAUGUGGUAACCCUUUGAGUUUUUAUAAUGUUAUUGAUAAAUCUUUGACCGGGGAAGGACUUGAAAAUGAAGUUUGUACUCUCAUUAAGAUUGCCUGUGAGUGUGUUCACCCUUUUCCAGACCAAAGGCCAACAAUGCUUGAAGUUUACAACAAUAUGAGGAACGUUAGGAAGGGACCAAAUGGUUCUGGUGAUGAUUCUGACACAUUAAGGGGAUUAGAAUAUGCUUCUUCUAUUCCUAUGGACGAAAUUGUCGAGUUUUAAAUAAUUAGAUCGGGUUUAUGUCUGAAAAAAGUAAUGUUAGUCUCAGUAACAUUGUGAUAAAAAGUUGUAAUGCUCUCCUGAUAAUAAAAAAUAAGCCUGUUAUUGGUCAAAUAUAUGUAUAAUAUGUCUCCCCCACAUAUAUUAAAAAAUUGAACAUGAACUCCAUUUUCCUCUCCA